AUGUCGCUGUCUCCCUCCCGGGUCGAGGCUGCAGUCUGCAGGACGCGUGGUGAUUCUGGUGACAGCCCCGCGAGGGUUGGGGCACCCAGCAAAGUGCCCGGUACAAAUAAGAAUGAACGAAUGCGUCAGUCGGUACAAGAGAACUAUCCGAUCCCUGAACCAGGACCAAAUGAAGUGCUGCUGAGGAUGCAUUCCGUUGGAAUCUGCGGCUCAGAUGUCCACUACUGGCAGCAUGGUCGAAUUGGGGAUUUUAUUGUGAAGAAGCCAAUGGUGCUGGGGCACGAAGCUUCAGGAACAGUUGUAAAAGUGGGAUCAUUGGUAAAGCACCUAAAGCCAGGGGAUCGUGUUGCCAUCGAGCCAGGUGCUCUGCGAGAAAUGGAUGAAUUCUGCAAGAUUGGCCGAUACAAUCUGUCGCCAUCCAUCUUCUUCUGUGCCACGCCCCCUGAUGACGGGAACCUCUGCCGGUUCUAUAAGCACAACGCUGACUUCUGCUACAAGCUUCCUGACAAUGUCACCUUCGAGGAAGGGGCCCUGAUUGAGCCACUGUCUGUGGGGAUCCAUGCCUGCCGGCGAGCUGGAAUCACCCUGGGGAACAAGGUCUUUGUGUGUGGAGCUGGGCCAAUUGGACUGGUCACUUUGAUCGUGGCCAAGGCAAUGGGUGCAUCCCAAGUGGUGGUGACUGAUCUGUCUGCCACUCGGUUGUCUAAAGCCAAGGAAGUUGGGGCUGAUUUCGUCCUCCAGAUAUCCAAGGAGAGCCCUAAAGAAAUUGCCAGUAAAGUGGAAGAUCUGCUGGGGUGCAAGCCAGAAGUUACCAUCGAGUGCUCGGGGGUGGAGCUGUCCAUCCAGGCGGGCAUCUAUGCCACUCGUUCUGGUGGGACCCUGGUGCUCGUAGGACUGGGCUCUGAGAUGACCACUGUGCCCCUCGUGCACGCAGCCACCCGGGAGGUGGAUAUCAAGGGCGUGUUUCGAUAUUGCAACACGUGGCCGAUGGCGAUUUCAAUGCUUGCAUCCAAGUCUGUGAAUGUAAAGCCCUUAGUCACCCAUAGGUUUCCUCUGGAGAAAGCUCUGGAAGCCUUUGAAACAUCCAGAAAGGGAUUGGGGUUGAAAGUCAUGCUUAAGUGUGACCCCAAUGACCAGAAUCCCUAA